AUGAAUCAGGGCUCACGUCUAUUUCCAUCUUUUUAUGCUGUACAAAAUGUCAUCGAAGCUGAAGCUGCUAAACAUUUGGAAGUUUAUACGGAAAAAAUGAGGCAGCAAAUGGAAAAAGGAAGAAAGCAUCCACAUACAUAUGAACCAGAUGAUUUG